AUGAUCCACUUUUCUUUUGCAAUCUCACUCCAUCUCCAGCUGCAUGCAACAAUGGCUGCAGAGUUCUUGAACAACUUUAAGAUUCCAGAUUACAUUCUUGUACCGGAGUCCUCCAAGGUUGAGAGAUUUCAUGAAUGUGAUGAUGAUCCGGUCGUGCCCGACUGUCCUGUCUUGGUUUUUAUCAACUCCAAGAGUGGUGGUCAGCUUGGAGGUGACCUCUUACUAACCUACCGUGCACUUCUUAAUGAAAAACAGGUCUUUGAUUUGGGGGAACAUCCCCCCGAUAAGGCGCUAAUAACAAUCUAUGCUAAUUUGGAAAGCCUCAAGAAAAGGGGUGAUCAGUUUGCUAUGAAGAUCAUAGAGAGGUUGAAGUUAAUUGUUGCAGGGGGUGAUGGAACAGCAGGCUGGCUACUUGGAGUUGUUUGUGAUCUCAAAUUAUCUCAUCCGCCCGCAAUUGCUACUGUUCCCUUGGGCACUGGGAAUAAUCUACCUUUUGCAUUUGGUUGGGGGAAGAAGAACCCAGGGACAGAUCAACGCUCAGUUGAGGCAUUUUUAGAUCAAGUCAUGAAGGCCAAGGAAAUGAAAAUAGACAACUGGCAUAUUCUUAUGAGGAUGAGGACUCCAAAAGAAGGUUCCUGCGAUCCAAUUCCGCCACUUGAGCUGCCACAUUCUUUGCAUGCCUUCCACCGUGUAUCUGAAGCAGAUGAACUUAAUAUGGAUGGUUACCUCACUUUUCGUGGUGGAUUUUGGAAUUACUUCAGCAUGGGAAUGGAUGCUCAAGUAUCUUAUGCAUUUCAUUCUGAACGAAAGCUGAAUCCCGAAAAAUUCAAAAACCAGCUGGUGAAUCAGACUACGUAUGCUAAGCUUGGAUGCACACAAGGAUGGUUUUUUGCCCCUUUAAUCCAUCCUGCUUCAAGGAACAUAGCACAACUUACAAAAGUAAAGUUCAUGCAAAAACCUGGUCAAUGGCAAGACCUAUACAUACCUCCCAGCAUCAGGUCAAUUGUAUGUCUUAACUUGCCAAGCUUUUCUGGUGGAUUCAAUCCAUGGGGUACACCGAACAGGAAGAAGCAACAUGAUAGAGAUUUGACAGCACCAUAUGUGGAUGAUGGCCUUAUAGAAGUUGUUGGUUUCCGAAAUGCAUGGCAUGGGCUUGUUUUGCUUGCUCCAAAAGGACAUGGAACUCGUCUUGCUCAGGCACAUAGAAUCCGAUUUGAGUUUUGCAAAGGUGGAGCAGAUCAUACAUUCAUGAGGAUGGAUGGCGAACCUUGGAAACAACCUCUUCCUGUUGACGAUGAUACUGUUGUGGUAGAGAUUUCUCACCACGGUCAGGUUAACAUGCUAGCCACUCAUAUUUGCAAGUCUCAAAGCAUGUAUGAUCCGUCUUCGCCACACCACGACAAUGAAGAAGAUGACAGUGAUGGAGAAGUAGAAGAAGACUCUUUGGCAGAAGAAUUUCGAAAGUUUGGUGCAGCGGAUACAUUUAGAAUCCCCGAUGAGGUUGAUAUUUCUGAACUUAGUUAG